UGACUCUUUUCUUUGUUGCUCGGCCGGAGAGCAAGGUCGCUCUCUCUCCCUCCCUCCCUCUCGCUUUCUGUGUUCGUCGUUGGCUCUCCGAUCUCUAAGCUCUCGGGACAACUGAUUCCGAUCUGUUUUUUAAAAAAAUUUUUUUUUCAAGGAAAUUUAUAGUAGGGUUUAAGAAAAUUGGAAGUAGUUUGUUAUGGUCUCUAUUUGUGUUGCUUUUUCGGUUGAUUGAUGAAGGCUUGAGAAAAGGGAGGAAGGGAGAGAGAGAGAGAGAGAUGAAAGAAGUUGGUUCUUGUUUCUCUAUUGCGUUGCUGCUGUUGUUCUUGUCCCUGAAUCGGUUCAGCUGUGCGACUGAGACAAGUGACCCGCAAUCAUCAGCGGAUAAGAAACACCGUGUUAAGGAUUUGAAUGCUGAUCAAAGGGCUCAACCAGAUCCAGGGAAAGAAGGUGAAGUGAAGAAGGAUAAACAUGAGUUUGUAGGGUCUGGAGAAGAGCAGAAAGUGCAUGAGAAAAGUGAUCCAAAAGGAAGUGUGAGUGAAGAGAAGGAUAAACCCCAGGAGGAAUCUGAAGUCAAGGGUGUUGGUGAAAAUGGGCAAGGAGGAGAGGUUUCUGAUAGCAAGACAGAGCCUUUGAAGAAUUCUUAUGUUGAGGUUUGUGACCCAAUGAACCAGUGCAAUGAUGAAAAGAACAAGCUUGUUGCUUGCCUGAGAGUUCCCGGAGAAGAUUCGUUAUCUCUUUCGCUGUUGAUUCAGAACAAAGGAUCCCAAUCCCUUACUCUUAACAUUAUUGCACCUGACUUUGUUAGUCUGGGGCAAUCAACAGUCAAAAUCCUGGCAAAAAAAGACAAAAAGGUGUCAGUUUAUGUUAAAGAUGGCGCAAACGAGGCAGUGAUACAGCUGAAGACUGAAACGGAGGAAAUAUGCACUUUCCGCUAUGGAAAUACAAACUCAGAUGCUAUGAAAAAGACUGAAGUUUCAUUGUUAACCAGAUACAUAAUUUCUGCACAUGUCUCUUUCAUUUACUUGAUCAUUGGUGCUGCUGUUAUCAUUGGUGCAGUUUGGCUGUGCAUGAAAUUGCGGCGAAUGAACCAACCAAAAGAUGACCAUGAGUACCAAAAGAUGGAGAUGGGACUGCCAGUUUCCAUUGGAGGGAAGAAGGAAGCGGACGAUACUGAUGUUUGGGACAAGAGUUGGGGAGAUGGCUGGGACGAUGAGGAGGCACCAGUGACACCUUCAAAGCCUGCUUCGACUCCAUCAUCUAAAGGUCUCGCUCCUCGGAGAUUUAACAAAGAUGGUUGGAAAGAUUAAAGUGCAGAUAAAGGGUAAAGAUUUCAUCCUCCUCAAGAGCUCUUCUUAAGUUUUGCAUCCAAUGCUCCCCAUUAGUGCCAUUCCUGGUGUUGUUUAUUAUAUCUAUGUGUGACUUUUUUAAAAGAAAAAGUAGAAAACAACAAUAGGUUAUUGUCCUCUUCUCAUUUUACAGGUGGGUUUUUGUUGUGAUUUGAUGGCCAUUUGUUCCAUGAAGUGAGUUAUUCAGCAAAUGUAAUAUCUUCAUAUUGUGUUUUUAGGACUAUUUUUCCACCAUGAUGAAUUAUAUUUAUAUGUC